AUGUAUGGGGUUCUCGUUAUUGGAGCUCCGGGUGCGGGGAAAUCGACAUUUUGUGCCGGGCUUGCGGAUAUUUUCGAACAAAUUAACCGCCCAUUCGUAACCAUAAAUCUAGAUCCAGCAAAUGAUUCUGUUCUGUAUCAGGUGGACUGUGACAUAAAGGAGAUGAUUACAGUGGAGGACGUUAUGGAUAGACUAGGUCUCGGUCCAAAUGGUGCUUUAAGAUAUUGUAUCGAUACGUUGUGUAGGAAUAGAACGUGGCUGUUGCAAAAGAUUCUGCACAACAAAGAUAAAUAUCUUAUUAUCGAUUGUCCGGGACAACUUGAGCUCUAUAAAAGCGAAGGCGAAUUGUGGAAGUUGAUCCAUGAUCUGGAGCGUGACGGCGUUCGUCUUUGCGCAGUACAUCUAGUCGACUCGCUUUACUGUGCGGAUGCUGCCAAAUUUAUUUCAGUGGUUAUGUCAACUCUAGCUACGAUGGUAACAAUGGAAAUGCCCCAAGUAAAUGUGCUUUCCAAAGUUGAUCUCUUCGAUGAAGACGCCUCCUUCAGUCUAGACUACUUCACACAUUUACCAGAUGUUAAUCGAUUGCUCGAACUGUUGAACGAUGUUCCUGGUUUGGAACGUUACCAUGGCAUGAAUGCGGCGAUUUGUGAUGUUGUGACAAGUUUCGACCUUGUUAGUUUUGUCCCAUUGAAUGUCCAGAAGAAAGAAGAUAUGGCUAAAGUGUUGCGACUUGCGGACUCGGCGAACGGUUUUGCAUUUCACGAACAGAAAGAUAUAAGAGAGAUGGUUUUAAAGGAAGACUAG